CUUGCCUCCAUGCUGCCUGGAGCCCGCGAGCUGGGGUGAUUAAUUGGCUAUGAUGAUGAACGUCCCCGCUGGAGGAUCGGCCACGGUGAUGAUGACGGGCUACAGUAAUGGGCGCUAUCCCCGGAAUUCUCUCUACAGUGACUGCAUCAUCGAGGAGAAGACCGUGGUCCUGCAGAAGAAAGACAAUGAGGGCUUCGGAUUUGUGCUCCGCGGGGCGAAAGCGGAUACGCCCAUCGAAGAGUUCACGCCAACGCCAGCGUUCCCAGCCCUGCAGUACCUGGAGUCCGUGGAUGAAGGUGGGGUGGCAUGGCAGGCCGGACUGAGGACUGGGGACUUCUUGAUUGAGGUUAACGACGAGAAUGUCGUGAAGGUCGGCCACCGGCAGGUGGUGAACAUGAUCCGCCAGGGAGGGAAUCACCUCGUCCUCAAGGUGGUCACAGUGACCAGGAAUCUCGACCCAGACGACACGGCCAGGAAGAAAGCUCCUCCACCCCCGAAGCGCGCCCCGACCACGGCCCUCACGCUGCGCUCCAAGUCCAUGACCUCGGAGCUGGAGGAGCUCGUGGAUAAAGCUUCCGUCCGGAAGAAGAAGGAUAAACCCGACGAGAUAGUCCCAGCCUCCAAGCCAUCCCGAACUGCUGAGAGCGUCGCAGUGGAGUCCAGGGUGGCCACCAUCAAGCAGCGGCCCACCAGCCGGUGCUUCCCCUCUGUCUCGGACGUGAACUCCGUGUACGAACGCCAGGGGAUCGCCGUGAUGACGCCCACCGUUCCUGGGAGCCCGAAAGGCCCAUUUCUGGGCCUCCCUCGAGGUACGAUGCGAAGGCAAAAAUCAAUAGACAGCAGAAUCUUUCUAUCAGGAAUCACGGGCGAAGAGCGGCAAUUUCUGGCCCCUCCGAUGCUCAAGUUCACCAGAAGCCUGUCCAUGCCGGACACCUCCGAGGACAUCCCCCCCCCGCCACAGUCGGUGCCCCCCUCUCCUCCCCCACCCUCCCCCACCGCCUACAACUGCCCCAAGUCCCCAACUCCCAGAGUCUACGGGACGAUCAAGCCCGCGUUCAAUCAGAACUCCGCCGCCAAGGUGUCCCCGGCAGCUCGCUCCGACACGGUGGCCACCAUGUUGAGGGAGAAGGGGCUGUACCACAGGAGGGAGCUGGACCGCUACUCCCUGGACUCCGAGGACCUCUACAGCCGCAACGCCGCCGCCCAGGCCACCUUCCGCGGCAAGAGGGGCCAGAUGCCCGAAAACCCAUACUCCGAGGUCGGGAAGGUCGCCAGCAAAGCCGUCUACGUCCCCGCCAAGCCCGCCAGGCGGAAGGGCAUGCUGGUGAAGCAGUCCAACGUGGAGGACAGCCCCGAGAAGACGUGCUCCAUCCCCAUCCCGACCAUCAUCGUCAAGGAGCCCUCCACCAGCAGCAGCGGCAAGAGCAGCCAGGGCAGCAGCACGGAGAUCGAGCCCCCGGCCUCCGAGCAGCCGGGCCAGCUGCGGCCCGAUGACAGCCUGACCGCCAGCAGCCCCUUCGCCGCCGCCAUCGCCGGGGCCGUCCGCGACCGGGAGAAGCGGCUGGAGGCCAGGAGGAACUCGCCGGCCUUCCUGUCCACGGACCUGGGGGACGAGGACGUGGGCCUGGGGCUGCCCGCCCCCCAGGCACGGCCCUCCAAGUUCCCCGAGGAGGGCGGGUUCGGCGAGGAGGACAGCACCGAGCAGCUGUCGUCACCCACGCCAGGGGCGGCGACCAGGGAGCCCGAGAACCACUUUGUGGGUGGUGGCGAGGCCGGAGCUCAGGGUGAGGCCGGCAGGCCACUGAAUUCCACGUCCAAAGCCAAGGGGCCCGAGAGCAGCCCUGCAGCUCCCCUCAAGAGCAGCAGUGCGGCCGGCCCCGAGAAUUAUGUCCACCCGCUCACGGGGAGGCUGCUGGACCCGAGCUCCCCGCUGGCCCUGGCGCUCUCCGCGAGGGACCGAGCCUUGAAGGAGUCCCAGCAGGGCCCCAAGGGGGAGGCCCCCAAGGCCGACCUCAACAAACCUCUCUACAUCGACACCAAAAUGCGGCCCAGUGGGGAAGCAGGCUUCCCUCCGGUCACCAGGCAGAACACGCGGGGGCCCCUGAGGCGGCAGGAGACGGAAAACAAGUAUGAGGCCGACCUGGGCAAGGAGCGGAAGGGCGACGAGAAGGGCACGCCCACCAACAUCGCGGAUGCGUCGCAGCGGAAGUCGGCCGGCCUGCUGAUGGUACACACCGUGGACGCAGCCAGGCCGGACGCCUUCCUGCAGGAAGAGGACGAGGAUGCCGACGCGGAAACAAAGCCGGACCGCUCGCCGUCCGAGGUGCCAGAAGGCGUUCCCGAAACUGAAGGUGCUUUACCGAUCCCCGCUGGCCCCGAGCCCGCGGCCGCCGCGCCCGGCAGGACCGUCGUGGCGGCGGGCUCCGUGGAGGAGGCGGUGAUCUUGCCGUUCCGCAUCCCUCCCCCACCUCUGGCAUCCGUGGAUCUGGAUGAGGAUUUUAUUUUUACAGAGCCACUGCCUCCUCCCCUGGAAUUUGCAAACAGUUUUGAUAUCCCCGAUGACCGCGUUGCUUCUGUCCCCGCACUCUCAGACCUGGUCAAGCAGAAGAAAAACGACGCCCCCCAGUCCCCUUCGUUGAACUCCAGCCAGCCCACCAACUCUGCGGACAGUAAGAAGCCAGCUGGCCUUUCGAACUGUCUGCCCGCCUCAUUCCUGCCACCCCCCGAAAGCUUUGAUGCCGUCACGGACUCUGGGAUCGAGGAGGCAGACAGCCGGAGCAGCAGCGACCACCACCUCGAGACGACCAGCACCAUCUCCACGGUCUCCAGCAUCUCCACCCUGUCCUCCGAGGGCGGCGAGAACGUGGACACCUGCACAGUCUAUGCAGACGGGCAAGCGUUCACGGUUGACAAACCCCCGGUACCUCCUAAGCCAAAAAUGAAGCCCAUCAUUCACAAAGGCAACGCGCUCUACCACGACGCGCUGCUGGAGGAGGACGUGGACAGCUUUGUGGUCCCCCCGCCGGCACGCCCGCCGCCCCCCGGCGGGGCCCAGCCCGGGACCACAAAGGUUAUCCAGCCGAGGACCUCCAGGCUGUGGGGUGACAUCUCAGAGGUCAAAAGCCCGAUUCUCUCCGGCCCAAAGGCAAACGUGAUUAGUGAGUUGAACUCAAUCCUGCAGCAAAUGAACCGAGAGAAAACGGCAAAGCCGGGGGAAGGACUGGACUCGCCAGCGGGAUCCAAGCCUGCCAGCCUCGCUCCAAGAGGCCCAGAGGUCAUGAGCACCGUCUCAGGUACGCGGAGCACGACGGUCACCUUCACGGUUCGCCCUGGGACCUCCCAGCCCAUCACCCUGCAGAGCCGGCCCCCAGACUAUGAGAGCAGGACCUCAGGACCAAGACGUGCCCCCAGCCCCGUGGUCUCGCCCACAGAGCUGAACAAAGAGAUCCUGCCUGCGCCCCUGUCCGCUGCCGCCGCGGCUCCCUCUCCCACCCUCUCGGAUGUCUUCGGCCUCCCAAGCCAGCCCCCUCCCGGGGACCUGUUUGGCUUGAACCCAGCGGGACGCAGCAGGUCGCCAUCCCCCUCCAUACUGCAACAGCCAAUCUCCAAUAAGCCUUUUACAACUAAACCUGUCCACCUGUGGACUAAACCAGACGUGGCGGACUGGCUGGAAAGCCUCAACCUGGGUGAGCAUAAAGAGGCCUUCAUGGACAACGAGAUCGAUGGCAGCCACCUGCCAAACCUCCAGAAGGAAGACCUCAUAGAUCUGGGCGUGACGCGAGUCGGGCACCGGAUGAACAUCGAAAGGGCUUUGAAACAGCUGCUGGACAGAUAAGGGCGGCUGCGCCUCACCUUUACGGACCCCUUGCUAUAAAUAGAGAUGGGCUUGCACUGAAGUGUGUGACGGUGAGCGCCAAGCCUGCCCCGCGGGCUGGUCUCCUGCUACCCAGAGAAAUGCUGUGUCCCUGGCGUGGCUGAGCAGAGGCCUUCAACACCCCCCACCCCCGGGCUCUCUGUGUGGGCUCCCUGGGCUGUUUCUGUCAAAGAGGGGACCAGGGGAGGGAGGGCUUCUAAUCUAAGGUGGAAAGAUGCGCGGCUUGCCUCCUGCACGCAGGUGACCUGACCUCACGAGGCCCAGGAGAUGCUCACCGCCGCGCGCGCGCCCCUUGCUCCUGCAGGCAGACACCACUGCACUCUAGACACAUACCUCCCGCGGCCUCCUCUGCCGUCCGGCAGCUCCGCCCGGGCCCGGGCGCAAGGCCUUCCUCAGCCUGCGGCCCCUCAAGGGCACUCAAGCCCACGUGCUCCUUUCUUUCCCGGACUUGGCUCGCAGCGAGACGCCCGCGGAUGUGCGUAGCCGGUGCCCCUUUGGAAGGCAGAGAAGCUUCCUUCCCGUGGAUCCUUCACCCUGUCUCCUCCGACAUGCACCUGGGGUUCUCCGGCCAUGAGGUUCUUGGCAGUGGUGGGUGGUCCGAAUGGGAUCGUGCCCAGCUUUGCUUAGCUUUCUUUCUUUCUUUCUGCAAAUCUGUUAGCAUAAUUCCAAAGUGGCCAAACAGAUGUCACAUGGAGUUAGUCAAAGCACAAAGUCACGAUUCCAAGGAGGAGGGAGACCUGGCCGUGGGAAGCAGCCGGCGUGCAGCUGCUGUGCCCAGAGUGUCCGCAGGAGGGGAGCAGCUCCCCAGGAGCGGGGGAAGGGGCUUCUCUGCCUUUGGGCAUUUUUUAAAAUCGAAAGCGUGUUGAAUUCUACGAAGAUCAGAGCAGGCGAGCAACCACUUUGACACGCAGGAUGACAGGGCUCACGGUGGGCGUGUGCCGCGGCCACCCCCAGUUCUGAGCCCGGCCAAGGGGAAGCAUCGCAGCUGAGACAGCCCCUUUGUCCCCCCGAGGCCAAGGAAGAGGGUACUUAGGGGCUUCUCCCCUUUUCCUCUGAGCGUCCAGGAAUCCCACCAGCUUGUCUUAACAGUACAGCAGGUUUUUUGAAAACCCAGCGGGCAUGGCGCAUAGACGGAACCCAGGGUGAGGGUGCAAUGCGGAUGAAGGAAGGAGGGCAGAGCAGAGAGGUCUCGUGGGCUGCCAGUCAGGCCUCUGGCAAGGCUUUCUUGGGCCCUGCCGCGUUCUUUCCCCUGGAGCCCCUCCCCUGUGACAGUACCUCUAAUUUCCAAGGGAGGUCGCCACCGGCACGCGAGCCACAGGACACCCAGUCAGGGGUCAGCAUGCUCUGCCACGUAUGGAAGAAGCUCGAAUGUCAGGUUUUUGGCUUUUACUAUGAUUUCAGAACUAGCCUAGCCCAUCUCUAAUUAUACAAACGUGAUUUUUCUCCUUUUUCCUUUAUGCUCACAGUCGAGUGUCUGAUGAGGCCUGGAACAGCUCUAGAAUGAAUAGUCAAAUCUAGCGAUUUAAAACCUCUUUCUUUACUGCAAGUUUCAAUAGUUGUACAGAUAGUUUAUAAGCACAAUAUUUUAAGGAAAAAAGUGGCUGGUCUACUAGGCAGCCUUUGUGCCACUUCAGUGCUAGAAAGUUAAAGAGAAAAACUUUUGUGAUUUAAUAAUACUAUUUCUGUGGAAUAAUUAUAAAAGUAUGACCUUUUUAAAUCAACCUUAUUUGGAUGCAUCUGAACCAGCAGAGCUGUGUUAUAUUUUCUAUCUUUGCUAGAACUUCGUCAUCGAAGGACAAUUAUUUCUUCAAAAGUGGUUGUGUUUCACAAUGCAGCAGUUUCUCCAAACACAAACACACUCACCACACACCCCGUCUUUCCAGCCACGUGCCCCUGAAUUGGAAACUGAGUUUUGGACCUUCUGUUCCAAAACCUUCUGCAGGUCCAUCUUUGUAUCUGAAUGAUCCAUUCCAACCUGAAAUCAAUUGAGUAUUAAGGCGCUUCACUUCCGUGUACUUUCAAUUUUUCCAUCAUGAGAUGAACAAAUCUUACCCUAGAGAAAUUUCAAGCCAAGAUACUACAGGUGGCCUGCUGAGGCUGCCCGGUAGUUCAGAAAAUGUACAAUGGUGUUCUGGCCAUUAUCUGUCUUCCAUUUGGUGAUACUGCAAAACCCACUAAGUACACCACCUCACCGUGGCUCUUCUCUCCUUUGCCUACUGUUGGUAUUACCUCUCUGCUCGGUGCCAGGCAAAAUGCUAGACAGACAGGACGAGUAAAGGAGGCCGCGGGUAGAUGGUAACCAACGGCAACUUGGGGGCGUUGGGGUUACUGAACUUCGGUAACCAGGAGGUGAGAGCUGGCUGCUACUCCCUUCCUUAAAGAGACUUCAAGUCACGUGCAACUGACCGGAAGCAAGCAGACUGAGAGACAAAAGAGCUGGUGACAUUGGUUGUUUCACACUGUCUUACUGUAGAGAAGUAACAGGCCCCAUCAGAACCUGCCCUGACCGACAAAAUAUACACAUUAUUGCCAAGAUGAAUCAGUCUCUAGCUCCAUUCGCCAGGUCUGCUACAGAAAGCAAUAGUUCCUCAUUUAAACCACCGCCCACUGUUCUCCCCCUUGGGACACGUCAGGACCAGGCCCUACCCUGUGCCCCUCUUUAAUGGUGAAACAGAUGUUAAACUGCUCAUAUAAAGAUCAUGUUAAUACUAUUCCAGGUUUUAAAAAGAUCCACUUUUGUUAUAUACUGUAAUUUAAAUAAAUUGCAUUUACAUGCCUAGUUUCUGUAAUAUUGUGUAUACAAAACCAAAAUUGCUCAAGAUGUAAAUCAUGUAGACCUGCCAGGAUGCCUUCUCCAGGGUGUCUGUGCACAUUUUAAGUAAAUCCAUAUAAUAUAAAACUGACUCAAUGUGACUGUUGAUUUGCUGAACUUUACAUAUCACAAAGUGAAUUAUUUGUGGUACUUUAGUUAAUAAAACGGUGAUUUUUUUUUUUUUUCCCCCUGAGUUACUGAACAAGCAAGCAUUACCCAGGGUGAUCUGGCAAUGACUUUUUGCGUGUGGGCCACAAAUAUUGAUUUUUUUCCCAUUAACAAUUUUUUUGUUUGUUUUUUUUAGAAGCUAAUCCUUUUCACACUACAGUUUGUGUAACGUGUUCGCAUUAUCUGUGUUUCUGUUACUUUUGUGCUUUUAUUCUUUUUAGACCUUAUUAAAAACAAAAAGGAAAAACGAGCUCCUGUAAUUUGCACUUUCUCCCAAUCCUUAAAUCUCUUGUAUGGCAACCAAAAUUACUGUUAAAAAAAAAAAUAAAUAUACUAUUGCACUAA